AUGUACAUCCUUUUACUUCUAGCGAGCGGCAUUCUGUGUGCCUUGAUGUUCUUCUUCGGGAAAUACCGCUUUCAGAGAAGCACUGACGAAAUGUCAUCAAAUUCAACUGCUUUUGCACCAGUAAAACUCUAUUAUACUGGGUUAAUUAACAGCAACACAGACAACAAUCUUUCAAUCAACAGCCUCUCUCGGGAUAUUUUCAAUAAUUUCCCACAUUCAGUACCCAUGCAGAAGAGACUAUUGUUAAACCUCAGGAUGGUGGAAUAUGAGCUAGCUGAACUGGAACAUUUCCUAGUUACCAAGGGUUUGAGAGGUGUAUCAGCUGGCCGGAAAUCCACCCAAAAGCAUACAAGAUGUAAUUGCAGUGGUGGAAAUCAUUAA